AUGAGUAGCAGUGACGUAGAUAAAACCUUAAAAGAAAAGGAGCCUAAGACGCCUCCAGUGGUUACUUCUCAGGAGCAGUCUUCAACGGCAACUGGCACUCCAGCAGUUAAUCCUGAAUGGGCUAACUAUCAGGCAUACUCUCCUAUACCUCCACCUGGAUACAUGGCAUCAAGUCCCCAAGCCCACCCAUAUAUGUGGGGUGUUCAGCAUAUUAUGCCUCCCUAUGGCACCCCACCUCAUCCUUAUGUUGCAAUGUAUCCCCACGGUGGCUUAUAUGCUCAUCCAUCCAUGCCUCCGGGAUCUUAUCCUUUUAGUCCUUAUGCCAUGCCUUCUCCAAAUGGUAUGGUGGAUGCUUCAGGAAAUACUCCAGGCAGCAGUGAAGCUGAUGGUAAACCUCAUGAGGCGAAGGAAAAAUUACCAAUCAAAAGAUCAAAAGGAAGUAUUGGUAGUUUGAAUAUGGUUACAGGAAAAAAUAAUGAACUCAGUAAAACACCAGGAGCAUCUGCCAAUGGAAUUCAUUCCAAAAGUGGUGAGAGUGCAAGCGAAGGUUCUAGUGAAGGAAGUGAUGAAAACUCCCACAAUGUUUUGCAGGAUUCUCAAUUGAAAUCCGGGGAGAGGCAGGAUUCUUUUGAAGAUGAGCCGUCUCAAAAUGGAAGUUCAGCGCAGGCACCUCAAAAUGGGGGACUUAAUACACCUCACACAGUCGUUAACCAGACUAUGUCUGUCGUGCCUAUGUCUGUCGCUGGUCCUAUCGCAGCAGUUGCUGGUCCCACUACUAAUUUAAAUAUAGGAAUGGAUUACUGGGGAACACCAGCUUCAUCCACCAUUCCUGCAAUGCAUGGAAAGGUACCUUCUACUGCAGUUGCUGGAGGGAUGGUUAAUGCUGGGCCUAGAGAUGGUGUUCAUUCACAACCUUGGCUACAGGAUGAAAGGGAGCUUAAAAGACAAAGGCGAAAGCAGUCUAAUAGGGAAUCUGCACGGAGAUCCAGGUUGCGAAAGCAGGCUGAAUGUGAUGAAUUAGCUCAGCGUGCUGAUGUUUUGAGUGAAGAAAAUGCCUCUCUCCGUGCUGAACUAAGCAGGAUCAAGAGUGAGCACGCUAAGGCACUUGCUGAGAAUGCAGCCCUCAAGGUGAAACAGGGAGAGAUACUGAGGAACGAGGAAAUUGUGCCGGGCCAGAAUGAUCAGCUUGUGGAGCAUGGUGUUCAUUAG